CGCUAAUCCUUCGUGCAUGGUCCGACAAGAAUCCGUCAGACCUCGUGCCUUACGCUUCGAAGCAGAGAAUCUCACCACAAACAAUAGCCAACAAACCCCCUUCUGCAACGUAGAAGACCCUGCCUGGGACUGCCAAGUUAUCCCUGUGAAUGCUACAAUGUGGAUCCAGAACAGAGAGUACUAUUUUACCACAGCAGACUCCUUUAGCCCUGCGGCAGAAACACACACUUACUCGGGUGAGAACUAAAGCAAUGACAGACCUCACUUAGAUCUAGCUCACAUUGGACUUCCAACACCCUGUUUCAGCGUGUAUUGACUGGUGUUCAGCGACCCAACCUGCAACCAUCUGUCCACGGUCACGGCAGCAUCGUGUGACUUGACGAAUGAGCACACGGAAAAGUAGGAAUUUGGUGCGACUCGAGGUGGAAAAGAAUCUAGACAGCGCGGAAAGCAAAUUGAAAGCGUUGAGACCCGAAAGGAACAGUCGAGCGGCGCAGGCCGCAUAUCUGACGGGGAUUUUGACAAGGUUCCGGCAUUUGGUUGACAUGGCAUUGAGCGCCAAGUUUGGCACCGAUGGUCUCUUCGAGGAGCAUGAGGAUAUGAAGAUCGCUCCCGCAGUCGUGCUGCGCAUGGAGGAGUUUGGCACGGACAUGAUGCAUUUCGGUCAUCAACACUGAUUUCAGGCUAGAGAUCAACAUCAGCGCGGGAAUCUGGGUUUCCAAAAGGAUAACAAGGUGACGAACCACAGACAUCCGCAG